GAUGAUGAUGACAUAUAUGUGGUAGAAUUAUCACAAAGUGGCCAUGAAAAUUAUGAGCAAAAUGAAUUCGAAGAUAAUGAAAAUUAUGAUACUCAAAGCGAAGACUUUCAAGAUAAAGAAUUUUAA